UCAUUUUCGGACAUAAUCUCUAGUCUCACAAAAUGCAAAAAUUUCGCACCUAACACCACGUUUAGUUUUCCUUUUCUUUAGUUCAUAAAUUAAAAAAUAUAUAUUUGUAUUUUUUAACGAGGAAUUUACCUAAAAUUUUAUUGUACAGAAUUCACACACGAAAGAAACUCCCGAUGCUGUUGCUCCUGGUGCUGCAGCUCGCCGGAGCUAGUUUGCAAAGCAAAGACUUUUCUUUACAUCAAAACUAUUCAGUGAACAGCUUUUUCAGAGAAAAUUCUUUUUUUAACAAAACCUCAUCCAAAGGUGAAACAGAAAUCUUCAUUCAAACGCCAGAAUUCUGUGUAAAAGAAACCACAUUCGAUAGAGGAGACAGUGAAGUAACCUUGAGAGAAGUCUGGAUGAACGAAACAAAUCAAAAACUACUAUUUCUAUUCGAGGGUGACAUCCUAACCGACUGUAACGAUGAAAAUCUCGAGGAGAGUGAACGCAAAGACAAUUGCUUUUAUAAACCUCUGCCCUUCAAAAAAAAAUCAAAUCAGAGUUACACUGAAGAAAUCAAUAAUAGUUUAUCAAUACCAACAAAAUUAUCGUGGCUCUCGUCGGCCACAGAUUUACGUCGCAGAUGCAGUCUUGUGAAAUCUCGAACUAGAAAUCAAAUUAUUCGCCAACAACUUCGUAGUACUUUGGAGGGAUCAAGAAAAUGGGAUGAAAAUGAAAAUCGUUCAAAAAGAGAGAUUUUCUUUAUUCCUGGUACCAAGUGGUGUGGCAGAGGACAUCGGGCAACAAAAUACACAAAUUUAGGUGGUUUUGGAACCGCAGACGCUUGCUGUCGAAGACAUGAUACUACCUGUCCUUUUUCAAUUCCGGCUCUAGAGUCCAAAUAUGGCCUCUAUAAUUGGGGCAUUUCUACAAUUAUGCAUUGUGCCUGUGACGAACGAUUCCGAACGUGUCUCAAAAUGGCCCAGUCUUCUUCUGCAAACGCGAUAGGAAAAAUUUUCUUCAACGUCAUCCGAAUGAAGUGUUUUGUUCUGAAGAAAAGAAAGAAAAAAAGUUGCAAGAACUGGUCCUGGAAAGGCAAGUGUUUGGAAUAUGAAAAAUACAAAGCCAUUUUAAGGAAAAAUGUUUAUUACUGAUAGAAAAAACAAAAUUUUCGAAAUCAGUUAGUAUCUUCCCUUCACUCUUUUUCAUUGAAAAUUAAAAAAAAUCAU